AUGGCUCCCAACAAAGCCUUCGUCUGCGUCGCCACCGGCGAUCAGGGCGGCACCGUGGCCCGCCAGCUCCGUGCCCUCGGCUGGGAAGUGCACACGACGUCCCGCAACCCAACUUCCGCCGCUGCCCAAGCGCUGGCCUCCGUCGGCGUCAAGGUCCACCAAGGCAACCUGGACGACACCGCCGUGCUCGAGUCAGCCAUCGCCGGCAGCGACGCGCUCUUCCUGGCUCAGCAGGUCUUCCGGGACAACCCCGCGCUCGAGUUCGAGCAGGGGCAGACUAUCCUGCGCAUCGCCCACGCCGCCGGCGUCAGGCAUGUCAUUUACAGCAGCGCCAUACCCGUCCGCCACCUCGGCCCCGACCACUUCGUCGCCCGCGCCUUGAAGCCCAAGACGGAGCUCGAGAAUGCCGUGCGCGCCUCCGCCUUCCCGCACUGGACCAUCCUCCAGCCGGGCAGUUUCAUGGCCAACUUCCUCAGCCCCAAAGCCGACCGGAUCUACUCGGAGGCCACCGCCACGGGGCACUUCCGGGUGGCCUUCCGGCCGACGACGGAGAUCCCCAUGAUCGACCACGAGGACAUCGCCGCGUUUGCCGUCGCCGCGCUGCAGCAGCCCGCCAGGUUCCACGCGCAGACCAUCCAGCUGGCCAGCGAGAACGUAACCGCCGAGCGCAUCUUCGCGGCCAUCCGCCGCGGCACCGGCCGCGACAUCCGCGUGACCUACCUGACGGACGAGGAGGCGCUGCAGGCGCUGGCGACGAACCCGCCGCUGGCGUUGCAGCAGAUCUUGCGCGACGCGCCCCCGUUCGAUGCCGUGCAGGAUACCCGCCGCUGGGGCGUGCCGACGGGCACGUUCGAGGCCUUCGUCGAGCGGGAGAGGGAGCGGUUUGAGGAGACGUAUCGGAAUGUUGAGAAGUACUAG